CCACCCAGCAUGCAGAAGGUGAUGAUCAAGGGCCUGGCCCGGGACGACAAGACGCUGCGCGAGCUGGGCGUGGCCAGCGGUGCCAAGGUCAUGGUGGUCGGCUCCACGCUCAACGACGUGCUCUCAGUGGCCAAGCCAGAGGCCAAGAGUUCUAAAGAGGAAGCGAAGGCCGAGGAGCCGGACAAAGAGAAGCUGUGCGAAAUGAAGCAGCACAAGAAGAUCCUGGACAAGGGCAAGCCGGACGACGUCAUGCCCGGCAACAGGAACAUCAACGAGCCGCUGCCGCCGACGCCGCUGUCCGGCAUGCUGAACCGCACCGGCGGCAAGGUGCGGCUGACCUUCAAGCUGGAGUCGGACCAGCUGUGGAUCGGCACCAAGGAGCGCACCGAGAAGGUCUCCAUGUCCAGCGUCAAGGCCAUCGUGUCGGAACCCAUCGUCGACCACGAGGACUACCACAUCAUGGGUGUGCAGCUGGGUCCGACCGAGGCGUCGCGGUACUGGGUGUACUGGGUGCCCGCCCAGUACGUCAGCGCCAUCAAGGACAUAGUGCUGGGCAAGUGGCAGUACUUCUGACCGCGCGGCGGCCCGCCUGCAGGCUGUCGUUCGUCCGUCUGGCAAGAGAUGGCGCCGGCGGUGCGGUGCCCCGCAGCCUCUGAAGUGUAUUUUUGUACGUUUGUAAUGUUCUGACGCCGCCGUGUGCACUGUACAGGGGCGGGGGCGAGCGGGCUCUGGUUUUGUUGCCGAGUGCGGUAUUGUGGUGAGCCCGCGCCGGGGUCGGCCGGCCGGCCGGCCGGCCGGCGGGCCGGCGGGCCGGCAGGCGGUCUGCCCCCACCGCCAGGUGUGUUUGAGUGUGGAGGUCACGGUGCAGCCGACAGACUGCCGAGCGGGGUCACGGUGGGUGGCGGGAGAGGAUCGCCGGUCCCACUGACGACAGUCGGACACCCUCGACGGCAGCUCGCGCUCGGCGAGCGGCGGGCAGCACCGCCGCUCGAGAGAUGAGGCGCGGCGUCGAGCGGCGCCACGCCGCGGGAGGCGCCGCCCUAACGUGAGGGCGCGGCGCUGACUACGUCGUAUCGGCACGGUGGCGAGAGCACUUUCAACAGGACGACGUUUGCGUGCUUUGAACCGAGGCGGCACCGUGCGCGCACCGGGCUGUUGGCGUGCUGGGAGAUGAAGCGCCUGUGGACGGCGCGACGUCUCCGCGUAGUUUUACCCGCUGACCGUGUGUUGUGGGGCCGGCCGGAGCGGGCGGCGGGCCGAGUCGCCGCGCGGCGCCGGCUGCGAGCCAGCGGCACCCGUGCUCCGUCUGUAAUAU